UUCAACAAAAACCGUGUGCUUGCUUUUGGUGCCUCAGUAUCUGUUAAGUAUCUGGUUAAGUGAAUUGAAGGAUUAACAGACAUUCUUGCAGUUUUGGUUUGUUUUGUUCACUCGAAGGAAAACCAGCCAUUAGAAAAAUGAAGUUUAACGGAGCUCUUUGAGCGGAUGGAAUCUUCCUGUGUUGUGGAUUUAUACAGUUUUACAUAAAUUUUUGCAGUUUUUUUAAGCCGAAAUGUUGUCAAGAUGCUUUCAAAUAGUUACCCUUGUUACCUUGGCUGUGAUACACCAUUGUACCUGUGCAAAUGUGCUGAUGAUUACUAUGGGCGGUACCAAGUCUCACAAAAUUCCUUUCUGGGAAUUGGCGAGAGGACUGAUACCUAGGGGUCACAACAUCACAUUUAUUAACGCCUUUCCUAGCGAUUUCUACCUGGAAGGUCUUGAGGAAAUUACUCCUAGCAGCUAUGUGGUCUAUGUUAGAAACUUCACCAAUUGGGAUUUGGUGGGCGCCAGAAUUAAAGGCGAAGAACCGGUACCUUUUGUAGAUAUGAUCAAAUUUGGAUACGAGGCCUGCGACGUUCUACUCUCGGAUCCUGAGACCAAAGAAUUUCUGCGAUCUGGGCUAAAAUUUGACCUUCUGGUGCUGGACGGGGCAUAUCCCGAAUGCGCCAUGGGCUUUGUCCACUUCUAUGGUGCCCCUUUCAUCUAUAUCAACACAGUGGGAAUGUACAUGGGAUCAUUAUCCACAGCAGGGAAUCCCACUCUAUACUCCGUCACCCCGUUUCUGGCCAGACCUUUUAGUGAUACCAUGAACUUUAUACAGCGGGUGCAAAACUUUGGAUUCUACAUGGUAGCCAAUAUAAUGCAUUCAGUGAUGACCAGAGGGAAACUGCAGGAUAUAGUGCGACAAUACUUUGGUCCGGAUGUGCCAGGAAUUUACGACAUGUCCCGGAAUGUGAGCUUCAUUUUGCAAAAUGGACAUCCAGUGCUUACAUAUCCAAGACCAUUUCUACCCAAUGUUGCCGAAAUUGCUUGCUUACACUGCAAGCCUGCGAAAAAACUACCGGAGCACUUGGAAAACUUUAUUGAAGGUGCAGGAGACGCAGGGUUCAUUUACUUCAGCAUGGGAUCGUCGGUAAAAGCUAGUAACUUUCCGGAUUACUUCCGAGCCUUGUUGAUGAUCGUCUUUCGCAAUUUGCCUCAAAGGGUACUCUGGAAAUAUGAAGGGGAUGACCUCAUUGACCUGCCUAGCAAUGUCCUGUUGGGCAAAUGGCUUCCCCAGCAGGACGUCUUGGGUCAUCCUAAGCUGAAGGCAUUUGUGACCCAUGGAGGACUUCUCAGCAUGUUUGAAACUGUCUAUCAUGGCGUGCCAGUGGUGUCUUUGCCAGUAUUUUGCGAUCACGAUUCCAAUGCUGCCAAAGCCGAAGCUGAUGGGUAUGCGAUUAAGCUUGAUCUUUUUACCAUCACCCCUGAGGGUCUGCUAAGAGCUAUCAAAACUGUGAUUCGUGAUCCCAGAUACAAAACGCAGGUGAAGCACCGCCAGAAGCUGCUGUUGGACCAAUCGGAGAUUCCUCUGGAGAAAGCAGUGUACUGGACCGAGUACGUGCUGAGACACAAGGGAGCGGUGCAUUUGCAGUCUCCUAGUCGACAUAUGGGAGUGAUAGACUACUAUUCGUUAGAUGUAGUGGUGUUUUUAGCCCUAGUUUUAAUAGGGAUCUACUACACGACGAAGAAGCUCUUAAGGCUAAUGCGCAUUUUGCCCAAGGAUGAAGUGAGCAUAGAUUUGCCAAGGAAGAGUAUUAAAGUUGAGUGAUUUGGGAUGUACAAAUUAAAUUAUUUAAAUGGUA